CCGGACGCUUGUGGGCGGGGGACACACGGCGUGUUAGACAGGUUACAUGACCAGGGACGGUUUCAAUGUGAGACAGAGAGAGACAGAGAGAGCUGAACAGCAUGGCUUCAGCGGUCUGGAGGACUUUUACUAAGAUUACAGGCUUUUCUACGCGUCCUGGCAGCUCCGCACUGCAGUGUAUCAGGCCAUGCACAGUGCGAGCACUGUCAGUCACUUCACACUGCUCUGCAAAAUCCAAAGGAUCUUCAGGUAGCAAUGAGAACAAUGAGGUUAAUUCCGAGCCUAUCAAGUUCUCCACAAGUAAAGGCAGUCACCGGACUUGGAGGGUGGAAAGAUCAAUGGGCAGCACACACCAGCGGCCUUGGUGGAAGGUCCUGCCAUUCAGUAUAAUGUGUGUCAGCUUCGUGCUCUGGUGCUUUUUACGCAAAGAGUCGGACGUUGACAAAACACUGGAGAAGCAACUGUACGAACAUUUACCUGGGUUACUGACAACUAUGGGUAUAGAGGAGGAGGAUGACGAAGAGGAAAAGACACAAACAGAGGCAAAAAAGAAAGAACCCUGACAGUGGACUAAAAUGAACAGUCUUAACCUCUGAUAUAAAUGUAAUUACUGUACUGCUUGGAUAAUGAGACUGUAUGGAUGGCUCUGUUGCAGCAGGCUGAGGACUGAAAUACAGCUCUACAUGUUGUAAUGCUGGUUUUGUCUGCCGGGGAGGGGGGGUACAUAUCUGUUACGAUGUAAAAUAAUGGUUGUGUAGUCUGCAUUAAAUGUGGUCUUAAAUCUU